GGAAUGCACUUCACCAGCUGAGGCGGAGGUAACGAGGAAGAAGCUGUCAAAACACUGCAAGGCCGUUCGAGUCGGCAUUUAAACAUGAAUUGGUUAUGGUCCAAAUUUGCACCUUACAUUCAUUACAUAUGCUGUUAAGGAGUACAUAAACCUCUGCAAUGUCUCAGCCUGAGCAUCUCAACGUGAGCCCCUGGGGCUUGUCUGAGUUUUUGGUCCAGAGGAGGCUGCUUGGUUUUGGGGCGCUGCUGGCCUGGAUGCUCUUGUUCCACCUGCUGGUCAACGUUUGGCUCCUCUGUGUCUUCACAAGCCUCUUAGUGGUCUUAGGUGGUUGGUUUGGUUCCCAGGCUGUCCUGGAUUCAGACAGCGUUGUUCACCUAGAGCGCUUUGUUAGGCUAGAGGAGAUCCCGCACAGUGCCGAGAGCGAGCGACAACUGCAAGAUGAGAUCCAGAAGACAGUCGGCAAGAUCAUACGCGACUUUGUCACCUCCUGGUACAACACCAUUUCCAAAGAAAAAGAGUUUGAGGAUGAGGUGCACAAUGCCAUGAUCUCCAUGGCAUUGGAGCUGAAGGGUCGAGCGACAAGAGUUGACAGGAAAGCUUUAUCUCAGAGGGUUUUAGACCUCUCUGGAUGCCACCUUCAGUGUUAUUUGAGUGCCAAGGAAGCCGUUAAACAUCAAGAGGUGGACAAAGAUGGAGAUCUCUGGGAGGCAUACAGCAAACUCUGUCCUCCUCAUCCCGCUCUUCAGAGCUCUGCUGUGGAGGUGAAUUACGUACGGGCCAUUGUGGAUCUGCUUCUCCAUGUUCUUGUACCUCCUCCACAUUUAGAAACCCGAACAGGUAGAUUUGUGGUGGGUGAACUUAUAAUGUGCAACGUUCUGCUGCCUUUAAUUGCAAAACUGUCUGACCCGGACUGGCUAAACAUGUUGAUUGUAAGCAUCUUCACUAAAUCCAGCGAAACAGCCCCAGAGCCAGAACCAGUAGAGGUUCAAGCUCCACCACAAGUUGUAUCUCCUCAAGAAAACACACUUCAAGGGCUUGAAAUUCCUUGUGUUCUGACCCUAAAAGUCACCUCAGAGACCCCUUCAGCAAUGGAGGCCCCAACACCAGAACUUGCAGCUUAUGAUGUUAUUGACUCCGCUGAUCUUUUUUCUCCACACAACCUGGAGGAAGACGAACCACGGUCAACCAAACCGUUUCCGUUGGGUUUUAGCCCCAGGGAUUAUCUGAGACUCGGUAAACCCAAUCCGUUCUAUCAAGAAACUGACUCUGAUUUGGAAUCUCCUCUAACGGAUUUCAAGCGAAGCUCCCUAGAAUCGCUGGUUCUGAUUGGUUCAGAGGAGACCCUUUCUGAAAGACUUGCCGAAUGCACCACUCCAGUUGAUGCUGUGUUAGACCUCGAGGAUGAACUUCCAACUUACACCAGUAUGGCAGAGAAGGAGCUAUCAGUACAUUCCACCGAAGAAGAGCCAUCAAGCUUUUGCGCUCUCGAGCCGCUGGAGAAGAGUAACUCGAGUGCAGACCAUCCAGGCCUAGUGAACCCCAGUGAGCUGGCUUUGAUUGCACCCGUCCAGGCUUCUUCACCCGCUGGGAUGGCAUCCAUGACACCUUUCAACUUCGAGCCCCUCAGCAGCCCAGAGGGUCCGGUCAUUAUCCAGAACCUCCGCAUCACUGGCACCAUCACUGCCAAGGAGCACCGAGGAACAGGCUCACAUCCUUACACUCUCUACACUGUAAAGUAUGAGACAGCCAUGGACUCUGAGAAUCCUGAAUCUUUGCAGCCCAUGGCCUAUCACACUGUCAACCGACGCUACAGCGAAUUCCUCAACCUUCAGACCCGUUUGGAGGAGAAACCAGAAUUGCGCAAGAUUCUCAAAAAUGUGAAAGGACCAAAGAAAAUAUUUCCUGAGCUUCCAUUUGGAAACAUGGACAGUGACAAAGUCGAGGCCAGAAAAGGUCUUUUGGAAACAUUCCUUAGACAACUUUGUGCCGUUCCUGAAACGGCCAACAGUGAGGAAAUGCAAGAAUUUCUCGCUCUAAACACUGAUGCAAGAAUUGCCUUUGUGAAGAAACCCUUCAUUGUUUCACGCAUAGACAAGAUUGUGGUGAAUGCUAUAGUGGACACCCUGAAGACGGCCUUCCCUCGCUCAGAACCACAGAGUCCUACUGAUGAAAUUGACGCAGAGCCUGAUGGGAAACUGUCCACUGACAAGAAAUCCAAGUCUCGAAUGAGGUUCUCUAGUAAAAUUGCCCCUGCUCUCAAUGUGUCUGACAUGAAACCCAAAGUUCUAUACUGCUUUGAUGAAAGCAGCUCUGUUUUCAAUGGCUUCUCAUUGAAUGAGCUGGAGAGCUUCAUCUCAGAGAAGGAGCGGUUUGAGGCUAAAGCAGGGUUUGAUGCUGAUGCAGAGAGAAGUGGAGGACCUAAAUGGGAUAUGAAAUCGUGCGCAUGUGCCAAAGCACUGCUACAGAAUGCACCUGCCUGUGACUCUGCUAGUGAGAAGGCUCUAUCUGACCAGGCCCUGAAUAUCUUGUGUGUGCUCAUGAAGGAUCAGUGGAGCUGGCUCUGCACAGAGAACAUCCAGAGGACCAUCAGACUGCUGUUUGGGACCCUCAUUGAAAGGUGGCUGGAGGUGGGUGUUGUUAACCUGACCUGUACGCAGUUUUGGGUGAUUUAUCUGCGGGUGCUGCAGGAGGCCAUCUGGCCUGGAGGAAGUCUGCCGGCUCAACCCAGACCCCAACGCAGCCAGCAGCAGAAAGAUGAGAGCAGAGAGCAGGCUCUGCAGUGCCUUAUGAAACUACUGCCAGAUCUGAUCUCUGAUAUGCUGGGCUCUGAGAAGUACAAGAUAUCUUGGCAGACGGUUGUGGAUUCUUUUCAGGACCCCACCAUAAACAGGCAUCUUGUGUACUGCAUCUGGGAUCUGCUAAUCGAGUUUCUCGUCCCCGAGGCAUCUGAUGGGGACUUUCAGAAAACACUUCUGCACAGCCUGUCCAAAAAUGCUGAGAAGCUGCCACCAUAGGUGUGCUGGGGUGGACUGGAGACAUAAACACACUUGCACAUGUACAUACAUAUGUACAUACGUAUCACAUACGAACGUGUGAUCAGUUAAAGUGUUAGGCAGGAACAUGUAAUCAAGAAAGUGUGGAUCUGGAUUCAUGACAGCCUGUGUCUGGCACCAAUUUGGUCUCCCUGUUUCUGGGACACAUGCGCACAUCCAGGCAGGCAUUGAUUAAUUACCACCUGUUUUGUGUUUUAUCAAACCACAAGUCCAAUCUCUAAAGCUCGACAUACCGGAUCUGAAUUAGUCGCAAGUUCUCCAACUUUUAUCCACCUUGUUCCCCCUUUAGCUUUGGGCAAAGCUCGUACAGAUGGACUGCGCAGAUCAUUUCUGCACCAUCCUGUUACGUGUUUCCGGUCUUUCAGUCUUGAUAUACCUUUACUUUACACACAUUCCCAUCUUGUGCACAUAUGCACUUGAUCAUUUUGCUUCUAGCCUUCUUCAGAGAGGCUUUAGAGGUUGUAUUGGCCUUAUCUCUCGAAGUAAGAAAACCUGUUUUCCACAAGUUUCCUCUUGAAGUAUGAAAUUCAUCACUUCUGCGCCUGGUGUCACGGUAAUGCUGUACAUGCUUUGUGUGCUUUCAGUCAGCUUGUGAAGCCUUUAAAUGUAAUGUCUCUAUUCACAACCUCUAAGUGGUUAGAUGCCUCUAUGGAAAAAGAAAAGGUCAUGUUGAUUCAGCAAAAAUGGCCUGUUUUCAGCAUUUGUCUUAUUUACUCUGUUAUUUAAGUAUGCAUAUAAGUUUAAGUUUUCUUAAAGAGAUAGUUCACCCAAAAAGGACAUUCCAAUCCUGUAUUACUUAUUUUUUGUGGAAUAUAAAAGAUUUUUUGAGAUAUGUCUUUCUUUCCCCUUAUAAUGGAAGUCAAUAGUCACCAAAACUGUUUGGUUACCAACAUUCAAAAAAUGUCCUGUGUUUUGCAGAAAAAAAAGUCAUACAGGUUUGGAAACAAUUUUGGGGUAAACUACUCCUAUAAGUAUGUUUAUUUCUUUACAAAGCAGCUGAGUUCUAACAAAUAAUAGAGUAUUACAUGGUUCUGGUUUGUGGUUUACUUACUUUCUUAGAAUUCUAGCACAAUGAAAUGAUGUCUUAAUUGCCUUAAUGUGUAUAAAAUACAAAACUAUCAAAUGGAUGCACAUGUAACUCUUAAAAAGACUGGAAAAAGCCUUGUCAUUCCUUAAAGGGAUAGUUCACCCAAAAAUGAAAAUGCUGUCAUUAAUAAUAAUGUCGUUCCAAACCUGUAAGAUCUCCGUUCAUCUUCAGAGCACAAAUAUUUUGUAUACAUUUGUAUACAUAUUUUGUAUACAAAUGUUUGAUGAAAUCCAAGAGCUCGACAAUGUAACUGAAAUGUUUCCAGACCCAGAAACGUAGUAUGGACAUCGCUAAAACAGAAGCUAGAAGAAUAUUUUUGUGUGCAAAGAAAACAAAAAUAAUGACUUUAUUUAACAAUUCUUCUCCUCCAUAUCACGUGUUUCCGCAAUUAUUGAAUAAUAUAAUAAUUAUUGAGAGUACCUCUGCACAUAAACAGCGCAUGUUCAGUUGCGUUGCUGUCUAUGGAGGAUCAGAAAGCUCUUGGAUUUCGUUAAAAAUACCUUAAUUUUUGUUCCGAAGAUGAAUGAAGGUCUUCCAGGUUUGGAAUGACAUUUGGGUAGUUAAUGACAGAAUUUUCAUUUUUGGGUGAACUAUUGGGUGUAAAUAGUUUCCAAAUCUGAAAAGUAUUACUGUCAAAUUUUUUAUUAGCAUUAAUAUGUCAUCUAGUCACCAUUCCGCUAUCUAGUAGUUGCGUAAAAUAUUCCUGUCCUUUCUGUAUGUGAUGGCUUGAGCUCCUGUGCAUGCAGAUUUAGAUUGAGGUUUUGCACUGUGAGCCCUGUUGCCCAGUAUGCAUUACAGUGGCUUAAUGGCUUUGUUACAAUGUACUUGUGCUUAAAGCGCUGAAUGUUGCACUAUUUGUAAUUUUGUAAGUGAUCUGGUCGUAUAUGUUGUCCGUCUUAUGUUGUUCUGAUGUGUACUGAAAUAAUAUUAUAAAGCUGUUGAUGUUGUCAUUGAAUUAAGACGAGAUGCAUUUUAAAUUAUCA